AUGUAUGUGCCAACGUUCAGCCUGUGGGGGGAAGUGGCUGAAUUCACUGCGGGAUGCAGCCACUGGACACUAAAGCGUCAGAUCACCAUCCCCGCCCUGCAAGAGCUCACAGUCUGCUUCUACCUGAAUCUAGAGGAGACCAGAGGUUCCUCACCGUGGACCGCCUUUAUGUACCGACAUCCAAAGGCACAGUAUGCUGAGCUGGGGCUGGGGUUUAAGGCGGGACAUUUAGUGGUCUGGUUGUUUGGCGUGGAGUGGAGGACCCAGAAGAUCGUCCUCCUUGAGUCACAGUGGUACCCACUAUGCCUGACCUGGUCACAUACGAAAGACAGACCUGCCCUAUACCUUAAAGGGACCCUGCUGAAGCUCACGGCAGCCCUCUAUGGAGCUGCUUCUUCUGCCUCCUCUUCGUGCUCCACACUGGCCCCCAGUGGAUCGCUCACUCUGGGAUCAGGACACUUCAUUGUAAACAAAAACAUACAGAUCAUUCCUAUAUCCCGUGUGUCAGGAAAACUCUCUCUGUUUCGGAUGUGGGGGAGAGAACGCAGCAGCAAGGAAGUGGCAUCAAUGAACUGUACAGAGGGGGAUGUUGUGAAGUGGGAGAGAAACAACUGGGACACUCAGAUCUGUGCUCCACUACAAGAUCGCAGCCUGAAAUGCACAUGGUCCAUUUACCAAGUGAAACUGAUAAUUACUAUUAUUCGUCAGGAUGAGAACAAAACUGAGAUCUACACAGCCAGAGACAUCGCACAUCAAUGGCUCAGAAAGGAGCUGCCGAGCCACAUCUAUUUACACAUAGUAUCUGUGUUUGAACUAUCCAGAUCCAAUACAGAAGACCUCGUAAAAACACCAUAUGAAGACGAGCUGAUGCGGUUCAGUCCCUCCAGUGUCAACAGUUUUCGCUGCAACGUAUAUGUGAAUGUCAUCCCUGCUGAGGAUGUGGCAGAUGUGCAGUCUCUAAUAGCCACGAGGCUUAAAAAUCCCUACAACGACACCAGUGAACUGUAUUUUCAGGUUAAGGUGAACGUGUCCAUAACAGGCGGCUGUGACUCAGAACAGAUCCUUAGGUCCUGGCUCAACAAUAGCCUACCAAACAACUCGAUGACAGUGCUUGAAUUUCAGCUGGUCCCCAAAGCUCAAAGAAAUCAUCCUAAGCUGCAGUCAGAAUACCCUAUCAGAGUAUUAGCAGACACAGUUUCAAGAAGAGAGAGCUGUAUUUUCCAGGUACAAGUCAUGAUGCCGUCAGACAUCCAUGAAAUCGAAGAGCGGAUACGAAACAUACUGCUGACACCUUAUAAUAAGGGGUCCAUCUCCAUACUCACUGAGGACAUAGAGAUAAGCCAGAUACUGUCGUUUAAGUGCAAUGCAGAAAUCCGCCAAACCCUGAAAGGCCUGUUUGUGUGGCCUGAAACUUCAGGAGGAGAAACUGCCAAUCAAACGUGCCCAAAGAACCCGGACCACUACGCCACUCGACACUGUAAAGGCAAGCUCAAUACCCAUUGGAUGGCUCCAGAGCUGGAAGACUGUGGUCCAGUGGUGGAGACCAUCCCUGACCUGUACCCUGUCAACGUAACUGCCGAUAAUGCUCAGGAUGUGGUGGAUAUGAUUGAAGUUUUACUGAGUAACCACUCCACACUCAACUAUGACGAACUGACGAUAGUCCUCGACAAGCUGCAGGACAUCAUUAACGUCAGCGUGGUCACACCAGAGCUGGGCCAAGCUCUUCUCAACAUUAUUUCAAACAUACUGAAAUCUGAGAGCAACCUGGUGCCUUUUACUAACAACAUCCUGAAUAUUACAGAAGCAAUGGGAGACAGGAUAGUGGGUUAUGAGGGUUCCUCCACCCUGGUCGCUCCAGCCAUCGGUAUCGCAGUGGUGGAUGUAGUUCCUGGAGAGUUUAACAGUUUAAUGAUUGGAGUGGCGUCUGAUGCAACCGGCAAAAAAACAGAGAUUUUUAUCAACAGGCAUCCCCUCAACAGCACACUGGCUUUCAUCUCCCUCCCAUCUGCCCUGCAGCACUGCUUCCCCCAACAAGCCCUAAAUCAGACCCCACCGAGAAUCCAGUUUCAGUUCUACGCCAUCGCGUCGCUCUUUAAGGUGGUAUUUUCUAUGAAACAAAUAGAUCAGACCCUCAACACUUUUGUGGUGGCAGCCAGUGUGACCAACGCCAGCUGUCCAAUCAAAGACCUGGAAGAAGAUAUUGAAGUCACACUCCAACAUCUUAUACCAAACACACCUUACAAGCAGGUCGAGUGUGUGUACUGGAACUUCAACAAAAACAAUGGACAAGGAGACUGGGACAAUUAUGGAUGUCGGAAAUACAACAGCAGCCCUUACUACACAACCUGCCUGUGUGAUCAUCUCACACACUUUGGAGUUCUUCUGGAUGCCGCCAGGACUCAGCUGGACCCUGCUAAUGAGCAGAUCCUGACCAUUAUCACCUAUCUUGGUUGUGGAGUCUCGUCACUCUUCUUGGGAAUUACCGUUCUCACGUACACAGCUUUCGAAAAGCUUCGUAGAGAUUACCCCUCUCAGAUUCUCAUCAACCUCUCUCUGGCCCUGCUGGGCUUGAAUCUGGUAUUUCUGGUCAACUCCUGGCUGUCCUCCUGGGGUCUGUACCCUCUCUGCGUGGCUGUGGCCUCCACCCUGCACUACUUCCUGCUUGCAUCAUUCACCUGGAUGGGAUUAGAGGCCGUUAACAUGUACUUUGCCCUUGUUAAAGUAUUCAACGCCUACGUGCCCUCUUAUAUGCUCAAGUUUUGUUUUCUGGGAUGGGGGCUUCCUCUGGUGAUUUGCAUCCUGGUGCUCAUCGUGAACAAAGAGGCCUACGGCAGUCACAUCUACACAGACACUUCUUCUUCUGCCUUACAGCUGCUGGACAACUCUGAUAACUUCUGCUGGCUCCAGGACGAUGUGACAUUUUAUGUGUCUGUGGUUGCCUACGCUGUGUUCAUCUUUCUCUUCAACACUGGGGUUUUUGUGGUGGUUCUAAUCCAGAUUAGACGUAUGCGAGCCAACAGCCCGGCAGGGACCAGGAGUGGAGUCAUGCAGGACUUGAAAGGAGUUGCCAGUCUAACCUUGUUACUGGGGCUAACAUGGACUCUUGGCUUCUUUGGCUGGGGGCCAGGCAGAAUAGUUCUGCUGUACCUGUUCUCUGGACUCAACAGCCUGCAAGGACUUUUCAUAUUUUUCUUCCACUGUUUAAUGAAGGAGAAUGUCAGGAAACAGUGGAGGAUUCACCUCUGCUUUGGACGUUUUCGACUUGAGGAGCACUCUGAAUGGAGCAACUCGGCUUCGAUUGGAGCUCAGGCAAAGCCCAAAACAAAUCCUCCGGGAGCAUUAAGACCAUCAGUCAGCUCAACUAAGUCCUCCUCCACAGAUAGCACGUCAGCUUCCUCCAACUACAGCCAGCGAGAUUCAUCCUGCAAGAGACCAGACCUGGGCCUUUUUAUGAAUUCCUUGGCGCUUCCUCAACCUCAGAGAAGCCCUUUGGGUCUGGGAGGUCCGCCUUCCUGCAGAGGGGUGAGCCUAACACCUGGCUGGAGGAAUCACAUGCUUCACCAGCAAGAAUAA